CUCUCUUCACUCUGCCUUUCGCAUACCAGAGAGCAGACUGCAGCAGGACUGUCGCGUUUUACUCAUCCUCGAAAAGCAGAGAAUCGAGGGACCGUUCUCAGCCAGUGAGAAAGGAGUCACUUUUUUUUUGCUGGACCUUCCGUUUCCCACAGAGAAGUGCAGGUGGCUGUGUAAUCGGGUGUUUGAUGUAUCCAUCCAUGCUUGUUUACAUCUGGCCCCCACUUGCAGGCGUUAGGACCCUCGCUCAAGCCUUGGGACAGGCAAACUCCCACACUGGCUUGCCCCCUCAUCCUCAUCAGCUGUAGAAUGACUGCGGCUCUGUGCUGACGAGGCGUCGGCAGGCAGCAGGAAUGGGCGCUGUGCUGGCCGUAUUCCCCACCACCCCCUCCGAUACAGCUCUUCCACCCUCAGCACCACCCCCACCACCAUACUGCCCCCCCAGGACGGGUGCUCCCCUAAGUCCCGCUGAUGGGCGAAGACACUGACGCCACCCCGACGCUCAACCACAGCGGCUUCCUCCCCGACCACAACUAUGUGACUGAAGGGCUGCUCCUGGCUAUAGCCUGAAGAGCUCCGCCCAUCCCGUCCACCCCUCUCAACCCUGGAGUCCUCCCCCAGGAUGUUGAGCCCCAUCCAGGUGCUGUGCUCUGACAUCAGUACCCUUUCUCUGGAGCCUGAGCCGUUUGCCUCUUACACUGAAGCCGACAUCAUCUCCACUGUCGAGUUCAACCACACAGGAGAGCUGCUUGCUACUGGGGACAAGGGAGGCCGAGUGGUCAUCUUUCAGCGAGAACCUGAGAGCAAAACCGAGCUGUUCUCCCAGGGAGAGUACAACGUCUACAGCACUUUCCAGAGCCAUGAGCCCGAGUUCGACUACCUUAAGAGUCUUGAGAUCGAAGAGAAGAUCAAUAAGAUCCGAUGGUUGCCUCAACAGAACGCGGCACACUUCCUCCUCUCCACCAAUGAUAAAACCAUUAAGCUGUGGAAGGUGAGUGAACGAGACAAACGUCCAGAGGGAUACAACCUGAAAGAUGAGGAGGGUCGCAUCAAGGACAUUUCCACUGUUAUCUCCCUACAGGUGCCUGUUUUGAAGCCCAUGGACUUAAUGGUGGAGGUUAGCCCUCGGAGGGUAUUCGCCAACGCCCACACUUACCAUGUCAACGCCAUCUCGGUCAACUCCGACCACGAAACCUACAUGUCGGCUGAUGACCUAAGGAUAAACCUCUGGCAUCUGGACAUCACCGACCGCAGCUUCAACAUUGUGGAUAUCAAGCCAGCCAACAUGGAGGAUCUGACAGAGGUGAUCACAGCGGCAGAGUUUCACCCCCACCACUGCAACCUGUUUGUGUACAGUAGCAGCAAAGGUACCCUGCGACUCUGUGAUAUGAGAGAGGCGGCGCUGUGCGACCGACACUCCAAAUUAUUUGAGGAGCCGGAGGACCCCAGUGCUCGCUCCUUCUUCUCCGAGAUCAUCUCCUCUGUGUCUGAUGUCAAGUUUAGCCACAGUGGGCGCUACAUGCUCACCAGAGACUACCUGACUGCCAAAGUGUGGGACCUCAAUAUGGAGAGCAAGCCCCUGGAGACGUACCAGGUUCAUGAUUACCUCCGCAGCAAGUUGUGCUCCCUUUAUGAAAACGACUGCAUCUUCGACAAGUUUGAGUGCGCCUGGAAUGGCUCGGACAGCGUUAUCAUGACCGGAGCCUACAACAACUUCUUCCGUAUGUUCGAUCGCAACACCAAGCGCGACGUGACCUUAGAAGCAUCCCGGGAGAGCAGCAAACCCCGGGCCGUGCUCAAGCCACGUAGAGUGUGCGCCGCCGGGGGCAAGCGCCGCAAGGACGACAUCAGCGUGGACAGCCUGGACUUCACCAAGAAGAUCCUGCACACAGCCUGGCACCCGGCGGAGAACAUCAUCGCCAUCGCCGCCACCAACAACUUGUACAUCUUCCAGGACAAACUCAACUCGGAGAUGCACUCGUGAGCGCGGGUCGAGAUGCAACUAUGCCAGAAUGAACGCAAACAUACGCGCUCACAGGAUGAGGCCUAAAGAGACAGGUCACCAUACCAUUUCACAUACAAACAUGCUCAUCUCAUCAACCUCGAACAAGUGAAAGGACCUCAAGUAGGCCAGGAUGGGAUCAUGGAAGUGAAAGUCGGUGAGAUGAUUGCCACAAUUCAGCCUCUGAGGAGAAGAAACCUCAGAGUUGUUUACAUGGUCAUCCUCCUCUCUUUUAGCUAUGGAUGUACUCCAGUUCAAACCAUUUGUGUCUACCAGCACCAGUGAUGAUAAAUGGGGCAUUGAUGUUACUGGUCGUAUCUUUAAUUUGAAGUCAUCUCCUCCAUUUCUGUUUUUGUCCCUUCAUAGGAAUAAUCUAAUCAUGAUGAUGGUUACUAGACGUCCCUCUUCACCAAGAUCUCUCUGGUUCAGGAGAGACUCACAUUCCUUCAGACAGAAGCAGAAUCCUGGCUUCUCCACAUGUUUGCAGAUCUCCUCACAGAUUCUGCUUCUGGUCUGCAGCUGCAUUUUGUGCUACUUUAAUACAAGCAAAAACAAAAAAAAAAGUGUUUUUUCAAAAUAAAAUCAGCAAUUAAGCAAGAAUAUGCUACAUGUCAAACAGAUUUAGCCUUCUGCAGACUGACUGACUUGGCUGCCUUCUUAAUCAUUUUGACCCAGCUGUACAAAAUGCUCACAGCAUGAAGAACCCGCUGAUGACCGAACUCUCUUUACCUUUGCGUCUACGGAUGCUAACGCAUGUUUACUGUUCGGUUCAUACGCUUACUUGUACCAGUUGGAAUUAAGCUUUACAGGAAUCCGCCCAGUGUAAAGGAGAACAAUACAAAUGGGAAAUGUUUUAGGUUAUUGUUAUACUCUAAAAGGGGGAGGGGGGAGGGAAAGGGCCUAAAUGGUGUCUGUGUUUAUCAACCCUCUUUUUGGACAUGUUUUGAGUUGUCUUUUUUUUUUUCCAUCCAUAAACCAACUGUGGACUCAGUAAUUUACAAUUACAAGAUGAUUGCCUCCAAAGCGACAGCAGAGAGAUGCACCUUUCAUCUCGUCAGCUUUCCUCACUGAUUACUUUGCUAAUGUGCAGAAUUGUUUAUUUUUGGAGAACAAUUUAUUCUUUUAGUUCACUUUUUAAAUACAAAAAAAACACAAUCCAGUUUUCUCCAUGUGCUGACCAAACUAAUGUCGAUUUUUGCAUAUUUCUGUGCUCAAGUACGUUGAUGGCAAAUCUGUUGCGUAUGUUAGGUAUGAACAAUGCUGAUGUGUGUG